AUGGCUAAAAUAAGGUUUGAUGAUUUAAAUAUUAAAAAACAAAAAUUAGUUGUUACUAAUUCCUCGUCAACAACAACACUAGAAUCUGAAAAUGAUGAUUUUAAUAUUGGUUUAGACAUUGAUAUAACUACACAAAAAAGUGUUGAAAACAUUUUAGAUAAAAAUGUCAUUUCCGACUUGAGAACUUUAAUAACAGGCCCUGUGCAACCAAUUUUAACAUUAAGUACAAUUCUUUAAAUCAAGGUAUUAAACUAACAUAUAAAAAGUAAUAACUAAUAACUAAUAUUACUAAUAGUCAUAAAUGAUCUUAAAUGUAAAAUAUAUAAUUAUGAUAAUUAUUUGUAAAAAAAUUAAUAUAUUUUUAGGAAACUUUAAAGAAUUAUGUAAAUUAUUAUCAAAAAGUAAUGAGGAAGUUGGAAAAAAAAUAAAUCUUAAAACCAAUUACUCAAUUUAUAUAAUUUAAGAUGGACUUAUAAAUAUAUGUGCAGAUGUUGUGAAAGAUAUUGAAAACGUUGAGGUGUUUGGAAUUAUGUAUGAUGAAGCAAGGUGAAAUAUAAAUUAUGUUGUAUAAGUGAACUUCUUAAUUUAUUUUAAAACAUACGACAAUGAUUAGACUUAGUGACACUAGAUGGAAUUGCCAUUAUCGAGUCUGUUAAAAACAGUUAUAAAGCAAUUAUUCAAGCUAUAGAAGAAGAAAUUUAAAAUGAAGAUGAUAGAGAAGUAAAUGAAGCAAUUGGUAUAAUAUAAUAAGUAAUAAUUAAUAAUUCAAAGUAUUUAAAUUCCAAUAUCUUUGUUUUAGGUAUAUUGUUUCUAACAAAUUUCAAGAAAAAAAUGCAACCUUAGGGGAAUCUAAAGAUAUUAUCGAAGGUGUGAUGAUGACUUAAAAAUUCUAGAACAACUUAAUAAAGACUUAAUAGACAUAUUAUAUUUAUUUAUAAUUAAAAUAAUUUUUAGUUAAUAUUUACUUAACUAGGAUGCAAAAGAAAAAGACAAGAGCCACAAAAUCUUAAACAUUUUGAUACUACUACAACCACAAGUGCUGAACAAAAUAUUGAUGACACCAUUGAAACUAUUGAAGAUUAUUUUAGAAAAAAAUGCUUUCUUUCUUGUAUUUGA